GUUACCAGCAGUAUUUUCACUUAAAUCCAAUAACUGUAUUGCUUAUGUUCUUAACUGAAAAACACUUGUUUAAGUCAAAGAACAAUCCAGUUUAAAUCAGCAUUUAAUUACUCCUGGAAUUUCUCCUCCACAGAAUUUCUGUAGCUUUAUCUCCUGUUGACAUAAUUUUAAUCUCUGUCUCCCGGGUCCUGCUCCAAGAACACAUGAUGGCUCUUGAUCUGCCCCUAUGAGCAGUACUUCCCUCUUCCUUUUCCUUUACUUUCUGACAACAGCUGAGUCCCCACACCCCAGUGGACAAAAUCCACCCUAUUUAACCCUGUCAUUUGGCUCACAGGCGCAUAAACCGUGCAUCACUUGUCAUCCCUCUGCAUUCAACCAACUCAACUCUGACCAGUCAUAAAUAUGAUCUGGCUCUGCAUCACAUUGGUGUUGUCGAUUACUUCAGUCAUAUCUGAUCAAAAUAUUGACACAAGCCACAUCAGAGUUUUCCCAGCAGCAAACCAAAGUAUUGCUGGAGUAUUCCAGGUAAGUGACUUGAAUUACCUCAACCAGCCUCAGUACGCCUUCAAUGCCUCUGAAGCUCGACGGCUCUGCUUGUCCCUCGGAGUGAACAUUGCUGCAAAAGCACAAUUACAGGAAGCUCUCACUAGAGGUCUGGAAACAUGCAGGUUUGGGUGGAUUGAUGAACAUUUUGCAGUCAUUCCCCGCAUCAGGAACAUUACUAAUUGUGGCAAUGGCCAGACGGGCUUGGUGAAAUGGCGAGCCUCUGUUACAAAAAAGUUUGAUGUUUUUUGCUUCAAUGAAUCAGAUGCAGCGAGACAAUUGAAGGAUGCAGCAACUGAUAGCCCUUUGAACAGGAGUGAUUACUCGGGGCAAACUCGGUCUCCCUCUAGGGCAGCAAGUUCCACCCGGACCACGUACUCUACAUCGUCCUCCACCCUUUUUCUUUCUUCUUCUUCCUCCUCAACUCCUAACUCCAUAGACGGGGAGGCAGAACCAGCUCGGUUUGUCAGCAGUGCACAAAGCUCUACUGGAGCAAAGGCUAUACUCAUCAGCUCAACUUGUGCCCUUCUCCUUAUCGCAAUAAUCAUGCUGGCAUGCAUAUUAAUGAGAAGAAGUCGAGCUCUGAGCUCCAACAUGAAGCAGCCACAAGAGUACAUCCAGACAGUAGAGUGGACGUGUGUGAAGAAUAUAAAGGAAACCCAGACAGCGGAUCAGGAAGAUGAGAGGAUAGAAGUGGAUGACAAUGCAAGCUAAGCAUUUUCCUGAUGAGAUAUCUUCAAGCACUCCAUGGACAACUACUGAUCUAUAUUAUUUUUAAGGACAAAGAUGUGCCCCUUGUUUUGUGUGAAAGUAAUGAAAGUAACAGAAUGGCCUUAAAGGGCAUUUAUUUGUGUAUAUAUGUGUGUGUGGUCUGAUGUUAUUAAAUGGUGCAGUUUAGCCACUAGAUGGCAAUGUGUGCUAUACAAUGAUUGUGAAGACUGAGGACUUUUUAUUCUUUAAACAUACUACUUUAUAUAAUGAACAUACAUGUAAAUGCAACAUUUCAGGCAUGUAAAAAAGGCAUUAUGAACUCAAGCAUCUCCCAAAUCUUCCCAAGCUUUUAAAGCGAGAGACAGAGGAAAUGUACCAGACAUCAUCUGUUAUCAGAGUCGUCUCCACUAACAUUGUGUAACGCUCUCUCAACCAUAAGUGUUCUUGUGUCUGAUGUACAGUGUAUAGUUACUGAAAAACUUCAACUUUCAAACUGUUUCUGUGCAAUAACCCCCUCCACAAAAUGAAGUUAAAGGUACAACUGUUUAUACUUUGUGGGUUUGGAACAGCUUUUGUCUAAACCUUUGAGAACCAAAGUGCCAUCAGUCAUCCAAGGCAUGCAUCUUCACUUUACCAAACUCCUCAUCGACUUGUGACCGGCUAAGCAUUGCUUUUUAAUUGACAGGAUAAUGUAUUUUUCAUUUAAUCCUCACAGUCACUCACUGGCACUUUUCUAAAUAAAGGUAAAUGAUGAUUACUGAGA